AUGGGAUGUGAUCCUAAUUUGAGUUAGAAGCUUUGUGUAAAAUAAUUUGGUAAUUUGGAUGGAACAAUAUCUGAAUGUAUAUUCGAUAAAGUUUGUCAUACAAUAUAUGAGAAAUAUGAAACAAGAUGCAGUGAUAAAUUAUCAAAAUCAGGUUGUUUGUCGAUAACAAAUCCAAAUGAACUUUGUAAAUGGGAGAAAGGUUAAUGUUUGAGAUUGAGUCAUGAUGAAGAGAACAAUAUAAAUUAAAUAUUUUAGGAUUUGGAACUAAGUGUUUCAGUAUGUAGUAGAAUAUCAGGAUAUUUAAUUAUUCAUAGUACUCUUUUAUGGGAUUUAUUAUAAUAUAAACCUGAUUUAUUUACAGAAGCAUAGAAUUUAGUGAAGGUGGAGGCUGGAAUAGAAGUAGAUACAAGUAGAACAUAUGAGGAUUAAAAGAUGGGAGAUAAUUAUGUCGAUAAUAAUGGUGAUUAUAAAUGGUAUACAUAGGCAACAUAAUUAAGCAUAACAAAUCGUAUAAAUUAAUAUAAUAAUAAUUAUAGUUAAAAUAAAUGAUUAUUCAAGAUAUGGAUGCAUUGCAUAAGAGAUUUUAAAUGAGAAUAGAUUUCUAACACUUUUUAGUUUGAGUGGUAACAUCAGAGGAGUUAAUCAUAUUUAUUGUAAAUAUUUGAAUAAUCAUCCUUUAAAUCCAGUUUGGACAGUUUUUGUAAAUAAUGAAUGUUAAACAAUAGUAGAUAAAGAUUUAUAAGAUUAAACAUAUAUAGAUAAGAAUUAAAUUGCAUGUUAAAGUAUGAGCGGUAUAGUUUGUUAAAGAUAUUAUAAUAUAAAUUAGAAAUGUUAAAUUAAUUAUUCAAAAGAAUUUUAAUGUUAUAAUAUUGAAACAAUAACAGUUUAAGAAUCAUGUGAUUCUAAAAUAAGUUUAGCAACACAUUUUGAUUGUGCUUAAGUUUAAGAUAGGGCAUGUUAUUUAGAUUUAACAUCAACAAAAGCAGAAUGUAGUAAUACUUGUUUCUAAUAUUAAACAAAAUAAGAUUGUAUUAAUAAUACUAAAUGUGUAUGGUUAACUAGUAAUAAGUUUGAUUUAGAAUUUUCCGAAUAGUCUUCAUUUAUAGUAUGUUCACCUUCUAAUAAAUGUGAUUAAUUAGGAUUGAAUUUAUUUUAUUGUGUAAAAAUGGCAACUACUUGUUAUUGGGAUUCUAAUGUUGGAAGAUGCAAAACAAUUAAAAAUAUUGAAUAGAUGAAAUGCAAUAAUUGUAAUACAAUAUUUUGUUGUACUUCAAUUACUAUGUAUGAUUAAUUUUGUGUAUGGCAUUAAAAUACAUGUUUGAAUGUUAAAGAUCAAUAAUUAUUUUCACAUUUUUUAGCGUUUCCUGAAUCUACAUUUAUGAAUUAUAAUUUAUGUAUAUCAUAAUCAGGGAAAUACUAUAAAUAUAAUUUUAAUACUUAAAAUUGUGAAAGUUCAGAUAUUAAUUUAUAUUCACCUUGUAUUGAUUUUGUAGAUCCAAAUUAUUAAGUAAAUGAUUUUGAAUGCAAUUAUUAAGGAAAUGAUAGAAUUAAUAAAGAAUAUUGUCUUAAUUUAAUUAAUUCGAAUACAAGAUGGGAUUAUUUUAAAUAAAAAUGUUUACAUGUGACAAAUACAUAAAUUGCUUGUGAUCUUAUGAAAUUAGUUAAUCCUAAUUUAUGUAAAGAGGCAAUUGUAUCAAAUAAUAAAUUAUGUCUUUAUGAUUCAAAUAGUUUUAGUUGUUUUUCAACUGAUGCUUCACUUUUACAUUGUGAUACAAAAGGCAUUAAUUAAACUUAAUGUUUGAGUAUCUAAAAUGAAUAUUGUGCUUGGGUUGAUAAUUAAUGUAUUUAUUUAUAACCUUCUAAAAUUAUUUAUUAUAACUGCUAUGAAUUAUAAAGAGUAAGUCCAAGUGUUUGUAGAUAAUCAAUUAAUUUUUAGGAUCAAUGCUAAUAUGAUAAUGAUUCUAAAAGUUGUAUUGUUGUAUAUAAUAAUAUUAAUGAUUGCAAUCAAUAUGCUAAUAGAUAUGCUUGUAGAUUAUCAUCUGCCAAUUGUUAUUAUAAUAAUGUAAUUAAUUAAUGUCAAGAUUCUACUCCUUUUUUUAAUUCAUUUAACUGUAAUACUGAAUAUAUUAGUCAAUCUACUUGUUUAUCAAUAACAAAACCUGGAUAAUAUUGUUUUUGGGGAUCAAUCAAUAGUGAUUAAACUAUCAAAUGUAGAAAUCAUUAAUAAGGUUUUUAUUCAAAUUGUAAUACAUUCCAAGAUAAUUCAAAUGUUAAUAUAUGUGUUAAUUUAACUACUAAUAUUGCACUCAAUCUUUCAGAUCAAUAAUACUGCGAAGUUGUUGAUUCUGUUUGCACCUCCUAAAUAACUGAUAUUACCGAUACUGAUUGUGGUUAUACAAGAUAAAUCAAUGUCUAUAGAUGCAUGGGAUACACAACAGAAUAAUGUUAUUUCUACAAUUAAAAGUGUACAAUUUUAAAUGGUCCUCAAGAAUACUAAAAUAUCUUUUUAAAUUAACUUCUAUGCAAAGAUAGUAAUAUGUAAAUUUGUAAUAAAAUAACUACUCCUGGUUAAGUAUGUUAUAAAUAAAACCCACGUAAAUGUAUAUCAAUUUAUACAUCUUUUGGAGAUUCAUGUUCAACUUUGAGUACAUAUGAUAUGAGUAUUUAUAAUCCUUAAUUAUGUACCCGUAGUACAGAUGCAUGUUAUUAUGAUAAAACAACUAAUUAAUGUUAAACUCCUGAAAUUGAUGAUGUUUUUGAUUGUGAUUAAAUUGGAGCAUCUUAAAUAUUAUGUUUAUUAUAAACAAGAGGACCUUGUGUGUUUUACAAUAAUAAGUGUUCUAAAUUAACUGAUUUAUCUAUUUCUUGUGAUUUUAGAAAUAGAAUGGGAUGUACAUUUGGUGAUUUAAAUUGUAUAUGGGAUGAAUAAGCUAAAUUUUGUAAAUUAUCAACAGAAUUAUGUCCAUCAUCUUAUGAGUAAGUAAAAUCUUGGAAAGUUUGUGGAAUUAGUAGCGGUACAUGUUUUGCAGGUAGAAAAGGUUGUUCUAGUGAAUAAAUAACAGUUCCAUGUUGGUUAUCUUUAAGAUAUGAUUUAUGUAUGUCUUAACCUGGUUAUUGUUAAUGGAUAGAUAAUAAAUGUACAGAUAAAGAUUAUGAUUGUGAAGAUUCUUAAACUCUAUAAGAAUGUAUUUAACAUAAAUCUAAAAGUUGCAUUUAUGAUAAAGGUAAAUGUUAUGAAAUAAAUAAUUUCUAAAAUUAUGAUUGCAACGAUUUUGAAUACACAACACUUAACUUUUGUUGGCAUUAUUAUCCAUUAUGUAUUUACAAAGACAAUACUUGUUAGAUGGUUAAUUAUAAUUCUAAAAGUGAUAUGAUAGAUGAAGAGUUUUCUGAAAAUUAAUGUUCAAGUCUAACUUAAACUCAAUAUGGCUGUGCAUUAUAAAGAGCCAUGAAAUGUUAAUUUAUGGAUUAUAUAUGGUUUAAAACAUGUUAAGAUAUUCAAUCUUACCAAUUAGAUACAUGUGAAUAUUUUGAUUAAAUAUAAGUUAGAUCUUAUUUAGCAUGUGAAUCAAUAGAUAAUUGUAGUUUUAAGAUGACUGUAAUAGGAGAACUAUUCUGUCAUUAAAUUCCUUUGUAAUGUGAAUCAUUAACACCUUUUUGUGUCAAAGAUAUUCCAGGAAUAAAUUGUUAUUUAGACAAUGAAAUUUGUUAUACUUAUACAGGAGAUUUAACAUGUUCAUCUGUUACUAAUUAUUAAGUUAAUCGUUAAUUAUGUUUAUCAAUUAUGUAAAAUGAAUUAAACACAGAAGAAUGUUAUUAUCAAGAAUCCACAAAUAGAUGUAAAUUAAGAAACACUAUUGAAAUUAGUGAAUGUACUUAAUACACUGAGUUAUAUUAAUGUACAUUUGUGGAAGAGAGUUGCUUAAUUGUUUUAGAUUAAGAUGAUUUAUUUUAAUAAUGUGAUUAAUCAUUAGAUGAUACUUAUGAUAUUAAUUUGAAUUACUUUGGUUGUAUAUCUUUGACUACUAAUCUAUAUUAUUUUGAUUUAAAUUCAUAGAAUUGUUUAAGUUAUUCAUCAUCAAAAUAUGAUGAUAUUUAUAUAUGUAAUCAAUUAAAUCAAAAGUCUUGUAUUGAAAUAAUGAAUGACAUGAAAUGUGUAUGGUUUAAUGGUAAAUGCUAAGAAUAUAAAAGAUCAUUUGAUGAGAUUGAUUGUGAAUUUAAAAAUAGAUAAUCUUGUUUAAUAUCUAUUAAAUCUACUUGCAUUUGGAUAGGAGACAAUAAAUAAUGUGAUCUUAGUGAUANUUAGUAGCGGUACAUGUUUUGCAGGUAGAAAAGGUUGUUCUAGUGAAUAAAUAACAGUUCCAUGUUGGUUAUCUUUAAGAUAUGAUUUAUGUAUGUCUUAACCUGGUUAUUGUUAAUGGAUAGAUAAUAAAUGUACAGAUAAAGAUUAUGAUUGUGAAGAUUCUUAAACUCUAUAAGAAUGUAUUUAACAUAAAUCUAAAAGUUGCAUUUAUGAUAAAGGUAAAUGUUAUGAAAUAAAUAAUUUCUAAAAUUAUGAUUGCAACGAUUUUGAAUACACAACACUUAACUUUUGUUGGCAUUAUUAUCCAUUAUGUAUUUACAAAGACAAUACUUGUUAGAUGGUUAAUUAUAAUUCUAAAAGUGAUAUGAUAGAUGAAGAGUUUUCUGAAAAUUAAUGUUCAAGUCUAACUUAAACUCAAUAUGGCUGUGCAUUAUAAAGAGCCAUGAAAUGUUAAUUUAUGGAUUAUAUAUGGUUUAAAACAUGUUAAGAUAUUCAAUCUUACCAAUUAGAUACAUGUGAAUAUUUUGAUUAAAUAUAAGUUAGAUCUUAUUUAGCAUGUGAAUCAAUAGAUAAUUGUAGUUUUAAGAUGACUGUAAUAGGAGAACUAUUCUGUCAUUAAAUUCCUUUGUAAUGUGAAUCAUUAACACCUUUUUGUGUCAAAGAUAUUCCAGGAAUAAAUUGUUAUUUAGACAAUGAAAUUUGUUAUACUUAUACAGGAGAUUUAACAUGUUCAUCUGUUACUAAUUAUUAAGUUAAUCGUUAAUUAUGUUUAUCAAUUAUGUAAAAUGAAUUAAACACAGAAGAAUGUUAUUAUCAAGAAUCCACAAAUAGAUGUAAAUUAAGAAACACUAUUGAAAUUAGUGAAUGUACUUAAUACACUGAGUUAUAUUAAUGUACAUUUGUGGAAGAGAGUUGCUUAAUUGUUUUAGAUUAAGAUGAUUUAUUUUAAUAAUGUGAUUAAUCAUUAGAUGAUACUUAUGAUAUUAAUUUGAAUUACUUUGGUUGUAUAUCUUUGACUACUAAUCUAUAUUAUUUUGAUUUAAAUUCAUAGAAUUGUUUAAGUUAUUCAUCAUCAAAAUAUGAUGAUAUUUAUAUAUGUAAUCAAUUAAAUCAAAAGUCUUGUAUUGAAAUAAUGAAUGACAUGAAAUGUGUAUGGUUUAAUGGUAAAUGCUAAGAAUAUAAAAGAUCAUUUGAUGAGAUUGAUUGUGAAUUUAAAAAUAGAUAAUCUUGUUUAAUAUCUAUUAAAUCUACUUGCAUUUGGAUAGGAGACAAUAAAUAAUGUGAUCUUAGUGAUAAUUUAGAUAAUAAAUGUGAAGAUGGAACUUAUACUAAUUGUGAAUAUAGUUAAAGUUAUUGUUAAUCAAUAUCUUAAUUAUGGAAUGGUAUGACUUGUUUUGAUUAUUCUACAAACUUACCAAUAUCAUUUUUAAGAUGUGAAAAUUUAGGAUUAUCUCGAAGUCUUUGUCUAGAAAAUACAUCUGAAUUAACAUGUUUUUGGGAUGGUUUCACUUGUAAAGAAGCUAUUUUAAAAUAGAUAAAUUGUAUAGAUGAUGUUUCAUUUAAUACAUGUGAAUAAAUUUUAACAUAUAAUUAAAUUUGUAAAUGGCAUGAUGGAUAAUGUGUAAAUAAGAUUGGUUCUUAAAAUUGUCAUGAUUAUAAUACAUUAACAUAUUGUAAAUAAGCUAAAGUAUCAUGUUCAUUCAAUCUUGGAACUAAUACUUGCGAUUAAUUAAUUGAAGUCGAUUAAUCUUGUUCUGACACCUUAAGUUAUUCAGCAUGUCAAAAAGUAAUUAAUUAAUUUUGUUCUUGGGUUAAUAACACAUGUUAGAAAUGGUAUAGAAGUAAAUACUCAUGUGAAAAUAUUAUUAAUUAAUGGGGUUGCUUAAAUACAUCUAUGUAUUGUAAAUGGAAUGGUAAAUGUGAAAAUAUAGGUAAAGAAUUUGAACCUGUAUCUUGUUAAGAUAUCCCAUCUGAAGUAAUAUUUAUAAACAUUAUUUUUAGUUUAAUAAAGUAUCAUGCUAUAAAUAUUCUAAAUAACCCUGUAAAUAUGAUGAAAUUACUAAACGUUGUGAUAUUAAAUUAACUAGUGAAUUUACAAACUCUAUGGAAACUGAUCAAAAUGAUUUCGUUUAAAUUAGAUUAAUCUAUGAAUGUACCUAAUUUCAGCAAAAAGAAGAUUGUAUUGGUAGUAGAAUAGGUUACUGUUCUUGGCAAAAUCAUACAUGUAUAAAUUGCUUUAAUAAUGAUUAAUGUAAUAAUGCUAUUUGUGCUGAUAAAAGUAUGAAAUAAUGCUUAGCGAUUAUUAAUUUAUUCUGUGCUUGGAGAAAUGAUUAAUGUGUUGAUUGGUAUGCAGAUGAAAAUGCUACUUAAACAUAAUUGACCUUAGUGACUGAAAUUUUUUGUACAACUGUUAAUAUGGCUAUCAAAUAUGAUUCAAAUUUAUCAUCUUGUAUACCUUUAGAUCCCAAAAUAGAUAAUUGUAAUUCCAAAGGCUUAUCAAAAUAUGUAUAAAUUUAAAUAAUAUGAUUAGGCAUGUUUACAAUUAACUAAAUCUUAAUGUAUAUAUUAAAAUAACAAAUGUUCAAAUUUUGAAUUUGUAAAUAAAUUGAAUUGUUCUGAUUAUAAAGAUGUCACCUAAAUGGUUUGUUAAAUGUUACCUCAUUUAAGUUGUAAAUAUGAUACCAAAACCAAUUCAUGCAAAAAUAUCAAUAUCAAUUCAGAUACUUGUUAUACUUUUGGUUUAUCCCUUAUUGGUUGUACAAAUAUUUAAACAUAAGCAUGUUAAUGGGAUAGUGUUUCUGAUAGUUGCUAAGUUUUUAAUGUAAAUAAGAGUAUAAAUUAAUGUGAUAAUUUCACAAAACUCAAUAGUUUAAGCUGUUCAUUAUUGAACUAUCAUCAGAAUGUCUGUUCUUAUAAUGUAGAAAAUAGAACAUGUCAAGAAAAGUAUAAUAAAUAUUUUAAAUGUUCUUAUCCUGGAUUAAAUAGAAGGGCAUGUGUUUCUACAAUUUUAGAGCCAUGUUAAUAUGUUGAUAACAAAUGUUAAAAAAUAAUUAAUCUUAAGAAAAGUUGUUUGGAUUUAACAAAUGUUAAUGAAAUGGCAUGCAAGAUGAAUACAUAGGAUAGUUGUGCUUAUGAUUAAAUCUCAAAUAAUUGUUAUUUUACAUUAUCAUAAUUACCUUGCAAUUAUUAUGGUUUGAAUUAAAAUAAUUGUCUUCAUUAAUCAAAUUGCAAAUGGUCAUAUGAUAUUACAUAAUGUGUUUGUUCUACAUAAAUUACUAAUGCAUAAUGUCAAUUGAAUGAAAGUAAUUGCAAAUCUAAUUCAAAUUGCAUUUAUGAUUAUGAUAUUUAUAGUUGUAGAUUAAGAAAUUGCAAUGAUUAAACAGAUUGUUCAGGUUCAAUUAAUGGUAAAAGAUGUUACAAAGAUGCUUAAUAAUAAUGUUAGAAUGCUUCAUCAUGCGAAGAUAUAAUUAAUUUAAAUAAUUUAUCAAAUUGCAAGGAUUAUGUAUUUAAUUCAUCAAAUUGUGUUUAAAUUCUCAAUAAUUGUAUUAGUGCAACAAAUCUUAUAGAAUUAUGUCCCAAUAGUGAUUGUUCUAAUACUGCUUGUAAAUAAGAUAAUUUUUAAUGUCGACCUCUAGAUUGUUCAGAUAGAACUGAAGUAGACUGUUACAAUUUUUCUAAUUGCAUAUAUAUGGAUGAUAGAUGUUAAGAAAUUUCAACUUGUUCAACAAUCACUGAUUUUUCAAUUUGUGUAUAGACUACUAUAAAUAAAUUCAAAUGUUCAUGGGAAAUGUAUGGAGUCUAUGAAAAUACUUAUCAUUGUACAAAUACAUUUUGCCAUUUAUACAAUGCAUCCCCAACUUUAUGUAAUGGUAAUGAAAUAAAUGGAUAUUCAUGUUAUAUGGAUUAAUUUUUAUAAUGUAGAAUCUGUGAGGAAAUUUUAGAUUAAUGUACAUGUACAAAUAGCAAUGGAGCUUGUAUUUAUUCAAAUGGAAAGUGCAACUCUAUUUUAUGUUAAUCCUUUUUGUCUGAAGCAUAAUGCUUAGCUAGUAAUAAAUGUUACUGGAGUUCAUAAGAUAAGGUUUGUAGAAAGUCUUGUAAAUAAUUGAUAUUGUAAUAAGAUUGUGAAUCAUUAAAUUAUGAAUGUCACUGGAAUUAAUAUCAGUAUAAAUGUGAACAAGGCAUAGAAGUCAUUCCUGAUUUAAGUGUUAAAAUUGAUGUCAAAGAUAUACAUGGAUAACUUAUCCUUAAUUUCAUAUUGAUAUUUUUAUUAAUAAUCUGA